AAGCUCUGUUUGCCAUUUAAGUUAGCUAACAGCAAAUCGAUGGGUAAGAUAGGUGCCAAAGCACCGAAAUGGCACCAUCAACCGUACCGAAGCUUUUACGUCAGAAGAUGGGAUUUCGGACCGGCCGGCCAGAAUCCCAAAGAGAUGUUCUACCAAUUAUGCCCAAAAAUGAAUGCAACCUGUUUGGUCAACCAAAAGGCCAAUCAGUCGUGACGCCUACGACGUCCCUCCCGCGGAAAGGGCCCGGUCAGCUGCAUGAAGUGACUUCUCCUUCUAGUCACACUUCUGCUACUCGUACAAUGCUUCAAUGGCCGUACCAAAGCUUUCCAUGGGAGCUGGCAAAUUAUUUGGACUCCAUGCGCCACAGUGUGAUCGAGAACCCCUCAAAGUGGCCACUUUCCACCUCUUCAGACCAUUCUCGGAUAAACCAAAAGGCUAAGAGCACCAUAGCGGCAAGGGUCUGGACAAGACAAGCAUCGAUCCUUCCUCGACUUGGCGAUUUCCAUGGCUCGUUGGCCCCGUUAGUUUGUGAUCGUCGACUUUUAGUCGCAAAGCUCAUCUGAACCCAAGUCGACAGUUAGUGGGUGAUAGUGAGCUUGGCCAUGACGUCCAGGGAUCGGGGUUCUCGACGCGAUCCCGGCGGGGCCAAGCGAAG